AUGGUUUUCCUACCUGGUCCGCAGUAUGCGCCUUUGGACCCAAUUCCCGACGAUAUUCCCAUUAGCGAGUUCAUGCUCAAUGAGAAGUAUGGGCGCACACCACAUGCGCAAUCGAGGGACCCAUUCACCUGUGGCUUGACCGGCAAAUCUUAUUCUUCGCGCGCUACUGUCGACAGAGUGGAUCACUUUGCGCGCGGCCUUGCAAAGGAGCUGGGAUGGGCCCCUAAUCGAGGAACUGAAUUUGACAAGACUGUGGGAGUGUUCAGCGUGAAUACGAUCGAUGCUGUGCCAUUUUUCUGGGGUGUUCAUCGCUUGGGUGGUGUCGUGUCACCCGCGAAUGCCGCAUACUCAGCCGCCGAGUUGAAGUAUCAGAUCUUGGAUUCUGGUGCUAAAGCUCUUUUCACCUGCGUCCCACUUCUCUCAGUUGCUCUCGAGGCCGCCGCGCUCGCCGGAUUGCCAAAGAACAGGGUAUAUCUGAUGGAUGUACCUGAAGCCAUUAUGGGAGGCGCCAAGGUCCCAAGUGGUUUCAAGACUACUGAGCAAUUGGCCGAAGCAGGCAAGUCUCUCCCCUCGCUGGAGCCAUUGAAUUGGGGACCAGGAGAGGGAGCGCGACGAACUGCGUUCUUGUGCUACUCCAGCGGAACAUCCGGUCUUCCGAAGGGCGUGAUGAUUUCUCACCGCAACGUGAUUGCAAACACGUUGCAGAUUACCGCCUUUGAAAAGUAUCACCGUGCUUCGCAACCCUUGACCAACGGCCAGCCUCUGCACACCGAUGUGAGCAUUGGCCUUCUGCCUCAAAGUCAUAUUUAUGCCUUGGUCGUCAUUUGUCACGCCGGUCCUUAUCGCGGAGAUCAAGUCGUUAUUUUGCCCAAAUUUGAGCUCAACGUAUACCUACGAGCAAUUCAACAAUUCAAAAUCACCAGCCUGUUUUUGGUUCCUCCGAUCAUUAUCAAUAUGCUUCGCAGCCAGGACGUCUGCUCGAAGUAUGACUUGAGCUCCGUGAAGACGCUCUUCACAGGAGCCGCGCCCUUGGGAAUGGAGACUGCGCUUGAUUUCCAGAAGGUCUACCCCAAUGUUGUUAUUCGUCAAGGAUAUGGUCUCACCGAAACGUCGACUGUGGUCAGCUCGACCCUUCCUGGAGACGUCGUGCUAGGAUCCUCUGGCUGCUUCCUCCCGGGAGUCGAAGCGCGCAUCAUGACCCCUGAAGGCGAGGAGGUCACAUCCUACGAUACCCCUGGCGAGCUCGUCGUGCGGUCCCCGAGCGUUGUGCUUGGCUAUCUCAACAAUGAAAAGGCCAACAAGGAGACCUUUGAAGAUGGAUGGAUGCGUACUGGUGACGAGGCGGUCGUGCGAAAAGGACCCAAUGACACUGAACAUGUGUACAUUGUUGAUCGAAUCAAGGAGUUGAUCAAAGUCAAGGGACUUCAAGUCGCACCCGCCGAGCUCGAAGCACACCUUCUCACUCACCCGGCUGUCGCCGACUGUGCCGUCAUUGCUAUUCCAGAUGACGCGGCUGGAGAGGUACCCAAGGCCGUCGUCGUCAAGUCAGCCUCCGCAGGCUCCGACGAAGAUGCGAUUGAAGCCAUCAAAAAGCACGUGCAAGAUCACAAGGCCCGACACAAGUGGUUGAAGGGUGGUGUUCGAUUUAUGGAUGCCAUCCCCAAGAGUCCUAGUGGAAAGAUCCUGCGCCGUCUUCUGCGUGAUCAAGAAAAGGAAGCUCGGAGAAAGGCUGGUACCAAGCUUUGA